GGCUUCCGUUCGAUGAAGGCACAGUCAAACGACAACAGUUCAGCCGACAAAAGGUUAGCUUAGCAAUUGGAUAAUACCUCAACUUAAGCAAGGAAUCUCUCAGAAUGAAGUUCUUCGUGUGCAUCUUGGCUUUGGUGGGCGCUGCUCAGGCUGGUCUCCUGCCUCAUCUGGAUAGCCAUCAUGGCUACCAUCACGAGGAACUACCUCAUCUGUUGGACGCUGAGAUCCACCAUUCGGAUGGCAUCCAUCUGGGACACAGUGCUGCCAUUGUCCAUGAUGAUCAUCAUUUGAACCAUCAUCUCGAUCAUCAUUUGGAUCACCACUUGGUGGAGUCGCUGCCAACUACUGUUUACCACCAUGAGCCGCUCCAUUACCACUAUGCCCGUCUGCAUGCCGCUCCAGUGGUGCACCACCAUCAUCAUGACACCCAUGCCGCCGUGGUUCACCACAGUAUCCCAGCCCACUUCGACACCCACACCCACUCGAACCUGCUGUCCUUCGCCAAGCACGCCCUGCACGGCAAAUACGGAAAGGUCAGGAUCACCGAAACCCAUUAUUGAGAGAUUCCAACAACCAUCCAUUGUCCAUAGAAACCUCUGACUAGCCAAACGCUCUUUCAUUAUUGUUAAUUUAUUAAGUACUUAGUUUAGUUUACGAAAGAAAACUCGAAUAAACGGGUGACAAUUUGAAAAGAUAAGCUCAGGAUUUUAAUACAAAAUAAAUAAAUGUAAAUAUGUAUUAACUAAUUUUCAAAAUAGUUUUCUAAUAAACCCCAAUCUAUAUACCUCA